AUGCAGUUGAUCACCAAAAUCACACAUAAGGGAUUAUAUCUGCAACUCAAGGCUCUUAUCGCUUUGAUACUUCUGUACCCUGUACAAAUGGAAAUUGGCGACACAAGUGUAAAAGUUGGUGUUCGUGUUCGACCAUUGUCAAACAGUGAAGUGAAUGACGGGAGUUCGACCUGUUUGUCAUACCCAAAUGAAGAAAAUCAGCUAAUAAUUGGAAAUGACAGGCUUUUUGGCUUUGACUAUGUUUUCAAGGAAACAGAUUCUCAAGAGCAUGUUUACAAAAAGGCUGCACUUCCAAUGGUUGAAAGUAUUCUCAAAGGAUAUAAUGCUACUCUGCCUAUGGUCAAACUGGAAGUGGGAAAACAUAUACAAUGGGUACAUGUAUCUCUGAAAGUGUGGUAG